AUGUCGUACCAACCAAGUUCAGCAUUGAUAACUGGUGGUUGUGGAUUUAUUGGCUCCAAUUUUAUCAGUUCUAUGUUUCAAAAAUGGCACAAAACAAGAUUUGUUAACAUCGAUAAAUUAACAUACGAAAUUCGAGAGACAAAUGUAGCUGCUAAAGUUCGACAAUCAAAUCGCUACAAAUUUUUUAAGGGAACCAUUCGAGAUAUUGAUUUGUUGCUACGUUUAUUGCAAGAUUAUCAGAUUGAUACAAUCAUACAUUUUGCCGCAAUAACAGAUGUUGAUAAAUCAUACAUCGAUCGAAUUGGUACCAUUGAAGAAAAUACAAUGUCAAUGACAAUAUUAUUGGAAGUAAUUGCAUUUCAAUAUAAUGGCAUAAAGCGAUUUGUACAUAUCAGUACUGAUGAAGUUUAUGGUGAAUCAGAAGAAGGAAGUGUACUAAAAAUGGAGUAUUCAUUGCUUAAUCCAACAAAUCCAUAUGCGGCUAGUAAAGCUUGUUGUGAAAUGAUUCUCAAUGCUUAUUGGCAUUCAUACAAAAUACCAUUUGUAAUGAUUCGAAUGAAUAAUGUUUAUGGACCAAAUCAAACUCGAACAAAAUUAAUUCCAAAAUUUAUAUCACUGGCAGUGGAAGGAAAACCAUAUCCAUUGAUGGGUAAUGGAAUGCAUAAAAGAAGUUGGAUAUACGUGGAUGAUUGCAUCGAUGCAAUCAGACGUGUAUGUGAAAUAGGCAAAAUUGGUGAAAUUUAUAAUAUUGGAACAGAAUUCGAAAUUACCAAUUAUGAUGUCACUAUAAUGAUUCAUGAAUGUGUCAAUGAAUUACUGAAACGGAAUAAAACUUCACCGCAAUUCGAGCCCAUAAUAGAUCGGCCAUACCAUGAUCAACGUUACUGUAUUGAUUUUACAAAAAUUUCUCAAGAAUUAAAUUGGAAAAGCAUUACAUCGUUUAAAGAUGGUUUACAGAAAACUAUAAAUCAUUAUCUUACCGAAUAUUACAGCAAAGAAUGCUGA